GCACGAGUGGACCUUUUAGUUUAUUGUUAUUUUCAAAAGGAGCCGGCAAAAAAAAGGAGCCCAGCUUGAAUCGAAUAAUUACGAAAAGUGGCCCAGAAAUUAAGCAGAGUAUGGGGAGUGGGUGAAUGGAACUUCUCAGAUCAAGAUGCUUUUAAACGUUGACAGACAAAACAUGUUUCUGAAAAUAUAAAUUGAACAUAUUUUAAAUUUUCCAGUAUAGCUCUUGUUCUAAAUAGUAGAAGUCUUGGUAGACGGAGAGAAAUGUGCCACAAAGGUGUCCGAUACUUUUUCUUAUGUGUCGUGGUAUUUUUCUCAGUGGUAUACAUAUACAUUGAUGUGACUGUGGACUAUCCAUUUUUUGAGGGACACCGCCUGGGCGAGUGGUACCUUGUGAACACCAGCGGAUGUCACAUGCUGACCUUGACCUCAGACGGGCGGGACUGGAUGAGCUUUUGGCGCCCGCUCCGCAUAGACUAUUGUAAGAGCAACCUGGCAAUCUCGUCCUUCAGCAGUUUUGAUAUCAACUACCUGAGAACGCAAGUCGUCAAGAACCAGAUAAGCUCAAAGUUGUGGGAUGAUAAUUUGGAAAACUUUAAGUGCGAGUACCAUGUCCUGGAACGGAAUACCGAUCACGACAAUCGGUACUUGUACAGUCGGGAGUUUCCUUUCCUGGAGGAUGGCAACCUGACCAUUGAGCCCCGUGCGGAUAUUAUUCGAGCAGAGUGUCGCCUCAAUGGCGCGAUCGUCUAUAAUGGUGUCCACUUCUAUGCUAAUCCGCCAGACGAAAGGCGACAGAGCAUCCUCGGUCUCCCGCCUUUUAGGCCGGACUCUGAUCCUAACAGCUUGUCGGUAAUGAUUGUGUGUCUGGACUCCAUGUCGAGCAUUCAUUUUUUUAGAAGCAUGGCACGAACGGCCAACUUUUUGUUUUCCCUGCCACACGUCAAGCUCCAGGGGUUCAAUCGAGUGGGAAACGAUACCUUCGAUAGCCUGAUGCCUUUGCUUACUGGACUCAGUGGCCCGGAAGUCAGAGAGCUAUGCAUGAAAGGGAAGGACCUCGACGACUGUCCGUUUUUGUGGAAAGCAUUCCAAAAAGCGGGCUACGAAACCGCUCUGGGGGAAGAUACUGUGGACAAGAGUCUGUUUGCAGAGCUGGGAUUCGGGGAGCAGCCCACGGACUACUACCUCCGAUCGGCGAUGAUGGAAAUGUGGCUGAAGACCCGGAAGGAUAGUUUCUACGGCACACACUGCAAUGAAAAGGAUACCUAUGCCCUUGUGCUAAAGAAAUUUCUGUUAGGAUUACUUCCCCACCACAAGAGACGCAGAUUUUUUAGUUUUCUAAGGUGGACUCAGGGAAUAGAUCACUUGUUUAACUUCGCCCGGAGGAUGGACGCACCUCUUAUGGAGAUGUUUCGUGAGGUGGCUGAGAUGGGAGUGCUGAUGAAUACACUUUUGUUAGUAGUAUCCGAUCAUGGCUUGAAGGAAGAUGAAUUUUCCGAGUCGGUCCAGGGACAAGUGGAAGUGAAUCUGCCGCUGGCCGCUAUCUUUUAUCCCCCCUGGUUGGAGGAUCGCUUUCCAGUAGCCAUUAAUAAUUUGAGGGCUAAUAAUCACCGUCUCACCACAGCCUAUGACUUGCAUACGACGCUGCUUGGAUUAAGCAAUCUUGUCUCUUUGGCCGAUGAUAGAAUCGAGGAGCGUACUAUAGCAUUAGAAUCUUUAGGAGCAAAUCUUACUAGGGGCUUGGAUCUCUUCCUGCCAGUGCCCAUGAUUAGAGACUGUCCGUUGGCCCAGGUUCCCUUGGAGUUCUGUUUGUGCCAGAGGCUCACAAGAAUCUCGACUGAGGACGGAAUUGUCCAGCGGGCAGCUCGUCUGAUAGUUCGGUCUAUCAACCGACUCUUAUGCCAGCACCAGCCGCCCUGUCAGCUGUUAUAUUUGAAGAGCGUUAUCCUUGCCGAAAAGUUGCGACGAACAUCGGAUGACCUACACUCAAGGCUCAAGGUAAGACUGGUGGUCUUCCCAGGCGGAGGUCAGUUCGAGGGAGCCGUAAAGUACACAAGCCAACGGUUAUCUCUAAAUGGUCCCAUUCAGCGAGUCAAUGAUUACAGGAACGAGUCCUUUUGCAUAGAAAACUAUUUGAUUGAAGAGUAUUGUUUUUGUAAUAAGUAGAUAGCUGAAGUAAAAAUGUAAAACCUAAUCUCAG